AUGACCGACCCUUCACUCGGCAUGGACACUACAUGCGGCUCCUAUGCUCUUGUCGGAGCCACGGCUCCAAACGCUCCAAUAGUAGAUCGUCUUCUGAAGGCUGGCAUGAUUAUCAUUGCGGAGGCCAAUCUAUCUGAAUGGGCUGGCUUAAAAGGAUUCGGAAUGGUAACCGGGUGGUCAGCAAUCGGCGGCCAGACACAGUCACCAUAUGUCAGGGGCGGCUAUGUGCCUGGAGACAAGAUUUUAGGACACAGCACUUCAUGCAGUUCUUCAUCUGGAUCUGCCGUAGCUGUGGCCGCUGGCCAGCUGGAAGGGCUUCUCUGGCAGAAAGUUGCCUUUGUGGAUCCCAAUAAGUGGGAGCUCCAUCCCGCUGUUUGCGACCGGAUCGAAAUCGUCCGCGAAAAACAAAUUUCAGAGUUUCUUCAAGCUGUAGCUACUAUCCGGGAAUCUGGGGCCGAAGUGACGGGGAAUGUCGUGUUGCCACAAGUCGACGAGAUCGUUUGGGAGGGUGAGGAUGCCCUUGAAACGGAAUACACCGAGUCCUCAGUACGCACAAUUGGGCAGCUGAUACGGUGGAAUUCUGAUCACAAAGACUUGGAGCUCCCAUCAGAAGCUGACAACGCCCCAUCAUUUCCGGGCCAACAGCAGCUUGAGAAUACAUUGAAGAGCAACCUGACAGAAGAGAAGCGGCAAGAGAUUGUCUUAUUUAUCCGCAAGAUAGCUAAAGAUGACGGAUUUGACCGAAUCUUCGAAGAGACAGGGGCCGAAGUGCUUAUAGGACCAUUAGACGGGCGGAUUGUGACCGUUGCUGCUGCAGCAGGAUACCCUGCCGGAGUGGCGCCGUUGGGAUAUGCUGACAACUACAAUGGCAGAGCAUACGGCGUGGUUAUUGUGGCAAAAGCUGGGGACGAGGGAAAGAUUCUACAAGCCAUGAGUGCAUGGGAGGAGACGAUGCCACGACGGAUCCCGCCGCCACAGCUGGUUAAUUAUGAAGCAAGUUUGUGA